AUGAAGGGAUUCGAGCGUCAAGCGACGAAUGUUGUUUUUGGCGAGGUUGGAUUCGUCUCGAACGGUGGUGAGAUUCCCGUGAGACUGGAGAAGAAGAACGUCGACGUUCAGGUUGAUUUCUUCGGAAUGGUGACGGUGUUGGCUGAUUCACGAAGAGAAUUGGCGGUGAUCAAGCCUGAAAACGAAGACGGAGAGGUGGUGGAGGAUGGAGAUUCGACAAACGAGUUGGCUGGCAACGAAAGGAUCAAGAGAAGAGGUCACAGGUUCAAGCGAGAUGCUGGCUCUGGAGAGAUGGCGGAGACGGUGACUGAGAGAGUUACGAAGCUAUCUGCGAACACUGUGGAUGGUGGUUGA